AUGUUUCAAGGCCAGGUUGGUCCUACCAUCGACUUGGGGCUGCGCAGCGUGGAGGACGCAGUUGUCUCAGCUCCACGCAUCUGCCGGACUGCUGCGGGGGUGUGUUCUCUGCCCGGCCCGCUAGGACCUCCCCACGAAGUCUCACGUGACGUGAGAGCCACCCGGCGGCCCGUCGUUCCCGCGGGAACUAGUAGUCGCGCGGCGCAUUCGUCUCGUCUCGCGAUGGCUCGGACCAUCGGGAUCGCCGCCGCUCGGCCCGUCGUGACGCGGACUCGCCGCUUCGUGUCCCUCGUGGCUUGCGCCACGGCGCUCCUGCUCCUCGCAACCGCCGCCCUGCCGACGCUCGCGGAUUCCACUCAAAUGGCGGUUGCGAGCCGUCGGGUUCUGAAAGCCGCUGCGCCCGCUCCGGCACCCGCGCCCGUGUCGACACCCGCGCCGGCCGAUGCACCCGCGGUCGGCGCGCCACCGCCGCCGCCGGCGCCGCUCGAUCAGUACUACGACGACGACUACAUGCAGGACUAUACCCUGGAGCAAGUCAUCGCAGACGCGGCGCCUCAGGCGGCGCCGGGCGCGCCGCCAUCCCCGCCGCGAUCCCUGCGGUUGAAGGUUCCGUACACGAUCAAGUUCGCGGACGUUUCCAAGUCGUACUACAUUCUUAACUACCUCGCGAACUCGGUGUGCAAGUUUCCUUCGGGACCGACGAUUUUCCUUCCGACGAAUCAGGCGUGGAGCGACGCGUUCGAGGGGUACAAGAAGACCCGCAACAGCGGCGCGCUGUACGAGGCGCUCGACGCGGUCGCGAGCGAUCGGAUCAAGAAGGUGUUCGUUUGGGCGGGGCGUAAGAUCAACAGCACGGAGCUCUCGGCUCUGGCUGACAAGGCGAAAUCUUCCUCCUCCCCCUCACUCCAAUUCCUCCUCCCCCUCACUCCCAUUCCUCCCCCUCACUCUCAUUCCUCCUCCCCCUCACUCCCAUUCCUCCUCCCCCUCACUCCCAUUCCUCCUCCCCCUCACUCCAAUUCCUCCUCCCCCUCACUCCAAUUCCUCCUCCCCCUCACUCCCAUUCCUCCUCCUCACUCCCAUUCCUCCUCUCCUCACUCCCAUUCCUCUUCCCCCUCACUCCCAUUCCUCCUCCCCCUCGCUCCCAUUCCUCCUCCCCCUCGCUCCCAUUUCCCCCCUCGCUCCCAUCUCUUCACCCCCUCUCUCCCAUUUCUCCUCCCCCUCGCUCCCAUCUCUUCACCCCCUCGCUCCCAUUCCUCACCUCCCCCUUUUCAUUUUCGGAUGCCAGGGGCCAUUGUCACUGUCUCGCAUCUCUUCACAGCAUUGCAUAGCCACACAUUGACUCACCACCUUUCCACUACUCGGGCCGUCGUGACUGUCUCGCGUCUCUUCACUGCUCUGCUGGUCUUCGCCUCUGCUCUUGCCUGUGCCCUCUAG